AUGUCAUGGGCAAAACAACUAAGAAAACAACAACAGACUAGUCAGUUGGGUAGUAAUCCUCAUAAACCAACAUCACUACCUACAGUUAGCCCACAACCUAUACUAGAAACUGUCACGCAGACUGCUGCUGUUCAAUCACCAGUAGUACAACAACAAGUUCAGCAACAUGUACAAUCAACCUUUACAUCAAACUCUUCACCACCACCAUCAUCAACUCUACCAUCAUCUUUACCAUCACCAAAUCAAUCACCAUUACUAUCUAGAGUUAAUAGUAUUCCUUCAUCAAACGCAACACCGAUAACAACAGCAACUGCAUCAACACCAAUAAAAGAGGCAUUUGUACCACCUACUACUACUACUACUAAUGUACAAUCACCAAUCUUGUUUAAACAAGAUUCUAUCAAUGUAUUAAAACAACCAACUACUUUAUCAACCCCAUCAUCUCAUACAUCAACGACGACGACGACGACGACAACAACAAAAUCAACAACCCCACCCAAUUCAUCACCAACCUAUAAACCAUUAUCAACAAAUUCAUAUCCAUCAAGAACUCCAUACAUUCCAACCAAAGUUCAAGAAAAGAAAUUAACUGGUGAUAUGUUUAGUGGAGUUGACUUUUCAACAAUUAAAAUAGUAGAAGAAUUAACAAUGAAAACUAUAAAUGAUCAAGUUGGAGCAGAAGGGAUUAGAUUUGAGCCUGCACCAUUUAAUUCUCUAUUUUUGAAUGCACAGAUUCAACUAUCACAAUUGGAAAAAAAUGUUGAUGCAAAGUUAGAUCGUUUGGUUGAUGAAUGCAACUCUUAUGGCAUGGAAUACAAGAAUCAUUUACAAGAACUAUUAAUCACCUAUCAAGAAACAUUUCAACACUUUUCCAAACUUGAAAAAGGAGUCAAUACAAUUGGAGCAGGUGCUAUUCAUUUUGGUGAUGAAUUAGACUCUGUCACACAACAAAAAAUCAAAGCUCAAAGUGCACUUUCACUUAUAAACUAUUUGCUGGAAUUGAAUAAUCCAGAAAGUGAUCAACGUAGUGAUAUCUUUACAAAUUCUGAAAGAAUUCAUGAAUUGGCAAACCUUGUAAAGAAAUUAAGUAGUGUUAGUGAAGAUUUAAAAGAAAUUUCAAUUCUAAAUAAGGGAAAAUCAGAAACUGAAAGUUUAAGUAAUACAUUAGAAAAUGAUUUAAUUAAUCAAUUUGAAAGAGCACAAGAAAGAGGAGAUUUGGAAAAGAUGAGACAAUGCGCAAGUACACUGCACAAUUUCAAUGGUGGAAUGAGAUGUAGAUCAAGAUAUAUUCAAAAGUUAAAGAUGUUUUUCGAUAUUGAAAGUCUUAGAAGAGAUGAACAUGUUGCACGUGACGUUGCAAAGAGAAGUAUCAGAGGCAAUAAUAUUCAAGAUGAAAGAUUUAAAAAGUUUUAUGCAGAAAUUCUUAAAGAUGUUGCUCAUGAACAACAUAUCAUUCAAACUGUAUUUGUAAAUCAAACUUCUGCUAUGGGAAUGUUAAUUACUAGAAUUUUUGAACAAAGAGUUAGAUCAUUUAUUGAAACAGUAUUGGGAAUGGAAAAUGAUAAUGUAUUAUUUUUGACGACACUUUUUUAUGCAUUUCAAAGUACAAAAACUUUAUUGGUGGAUCCACUUGCACAAUAUGGUAUAUCUGGUGUUGAUUUUGGUAAUUUAAUUUCAUCUAUUUUCUGUUCUUAUCAAGAUGGUUAUAUUUCAAGAGAAUUGUCAGCACUUCAAGGCAAAUUAAAUGAAUUAUUAAACGAGGAACGUGAAAAUGUUAAAAUGUUGAUCAAAAAUAAUGAAUUUGAUGAAGGUGGAUUAAAUCCAGAAUUUACUCAAUCAUUUAUUCAACAAACUGAAAAUGCUCUAACAAGAUGUUUACUUUUAUCUCCUGAAUUACAAGUAGCUGAUAAUAUAAAAUCAAUAUUUUUCUUUUUAUUACAUGGAUUAUGUACAGAUUAUAUUGAAGCAACAUUGGAUAGAGUAAUGAAACUAUCAUUACCAACAUCUGAUAAAUGUUUUCCAAGUCUUUCACAAUUGUUCAAGGUUGUACUAAGUGUAAAUCAAGUAGUUGGUCAAUUACAAUCACUCUAUCAAUUAUAUGUACUUCCACCUAUUCAAGCCAAUAUUAUCAUUCAAUCAAAAUGUUCUGAACAACUCUAUUAUCAUAUUUCGAGAAUGGAAGAUAAAAUCAAUUAUGCUCUGGAACAAUCUCUAUUGACAAUGGUUGCCAUUGUUGAUAAGGUUUUAUUGGAUCAAAAGAGAAAUGAUUACAUGUCUGAUGAUUAUGACGCAUCGAUUACAACUACUUGUAAAAAUGUCGUUUCAACCAUUCAACAAUUAUUUGAUUUAUCAAAUCUUUGUUUACAAGGAAAAAAUUUCUCUAUUUUUAUUGAAGAAUUUGGUUUAAAGUUAAAUGUAAUAUUAUUAAAUCAUUACAAGAAAUUUAAAAUUUCACAAGGAUCAUUUAAAUUGAUGAGUGAUUUAAGUAAAUAUAGAGAAAUAUUUAAACAAUUUAGAUCACACAAGGUUGAUGAAUCAUUUGAUGUAUUGUUUGAAUUAUCAAAACUACAUAUGGUCAAUGCCGAAAACUUUAAAUCUGUCAUUGAAGGUGGUCCACUUUCAAGAAUGAGUAAAGCUGAUAUUCAAAUUUAUAUUAAACAAAGAUCAGAUUUUAAAUCAAUUUGGUUAGAUAUGUUAUAA